AUGGCCUGCACCUCCGAUCUACCAACAAACCUCCCUCCUCCGCUCUCGCCGCUCAGCGCGCACCGGCGAGACUCUCCUCUCGCGCACCCGUACCGACCCGUGCCCGACCCUCUCCCGCCGAAACGCAAAGCCCCCGCCGCCGAAUCCUCCUCCUCGUCUUCCGCGCCGAGGGAGAAGCCGUCGAAGCUGGCCAAGGAGCACAACAUCUCGGCGCGCGAAGAGCGCGAGAUCAAGGAGGCCUUCGCGCUGUUCGCCGAGCCCCUCGACGGCGAGAAGGACGGCGUCAUACCGACUAAGGACGUGCGGCGCGCCAUGAUCGCCCUCGGCAUCCCGCCCAGCAAGGCGGAGCUGAGAGAGUUCCUCGAGAUCCUGGACCCGGACGAGGAGGGGCACGCGGCGUACGAGCCGUUCGUGGCGAUCUGCGCGCUGCAGCUGCACGCCAAGGGCCCCGCCGACGCGUCCGCCGUCUCCGCCGAGGUCGACGAGGCCUUCCGCCUCUUCACCGGCGGCGCCGACGGCGCCCCGCUGACCCUCGCCCACCUCAAGCGCGUCGCCAUGACCCUCAAGCAGGACGUCGACGAGCAGCUGCUCAAGGACAUGAUCCUCGAGGCCAACGGCGGCGCCGGCGUCGCCCGCGGCGUCUCGCGCCGCGAGUUCGAAGACGUCAUGAGGCGCGCCGGCGCCUGGAAGUGA